UUUCAUAAAAUCAAUGAGUUAAUCAAUCGAUACCUACAAAACUAGAUAUUUUAGCGUAGUUUCAAAUAAAUAUUUUCCUUAAAACUAAGUUCUCUACAACAUAAACAUUGUGACUGUAGUUAAAAAUGGGUGCACUGGCCAGCAGGCAACACGCUGGUGUGGAAGAAGCAGACGUAGUUUCCAAUCAUGCCUACAAGUACCCACCGAGAUCGGGGAACUACUUUGGAAGUCAUUUUAUCAUGGGAGGGGAGAGGUUUGACACUCCCCAACCAGAGGCCUAUUUAUUUGGUGAAAACGCUGAUCUAAAUUUUCUUGGCAGCAGACCUACACCAUUUCCAUACCCACCACCACAGUCUAACGAGCCAACAAAAACAUUAAGAAGUCUCAUCAACAUACGCAAGGAGUCUUUGAGAUUUGUGCGUUGCCCUGAACCAGUUGGCAAAAUAACGGAGAACAACAAAAUUGGUGAUGGAGUCAUAAAGACUUUGGACUGUAAUGGCAAAGGCACAUAUUAUAAUAUUGAGUUCACGUUUGAUUGUGAUGCCCGCUGUGCCAUCACUGUGUUUUAUUUCUGCACGGAAGAAGUCACACCGACUGGAGUUGUAUACUAUCCUCGUGAUCCGACGAUGACGUCUCAAACCUACCACUACAAGAAGGGCGCCAACCAACAGUUCUGUCAGAUAUUACACGUAUUUGACCCCUCGAAAUACCCUGAAGAAGACCUAGCAUACAACGCUGAUAGAGAGAUAAUACCGAUUGCUAUUUAUUGCGUUGUGGAUGAAGGGCAAGAUGAAAUAAGGCAGUCGCACACAACCAUAGCGGUGGUGGAGAAGCACUCUGACGGCAUGUACGUGCUCAAGGCGCUCAAACAGAAGCUGUUCGUGGACGGACUGUGCUACCUGCUGCAGGAGAUAUACGGCAUCGAGAAUAAGAACCUCGACUCUAAGCCCAGCGCGGACGAGGAGACUGAGGACGGCGGCUCGGAGUGCGUGAUUUGCAUGUGCGACGUGCGCGACACGCUGAUCCUGCCGUGCCGCCACCUGUGCCUGUGCAACUCGUGCGCCGACUCGCUGCGCUACCAGGCCAACAACUGUCCCAUCUGCCGCGCGCCCUUCCGCGCACUACUGCAGAUCCGCGCGCUUCGCCGCCUGGCCGACGCCGCCGCGCCCGCCGCCAGCCCGCCCGACGGCAGCAUGGAGAACAUCCCGGCGGGCUAUGAACCGGUGUCUCUGAUCGAGGCGUUGAACGGCCCUCCGCCUGCACGAGUCAGACCUCCGCCCGCUGCACCUGCUAUCGCCAGCCCUGAUACUGACACCGCUUCACAGGCAGCGGAAGUGCUGAACCGCUGCAACUUGGAGCGUAGUUCUUCCACCAGUCUUGGCAGCAGCGGAAGUCGCAAGCGGGACCGCGCGCCCGCGCAGGCGCCGCACCACCCCAUCACUCCGGAGUUCCGCAUGUCGGUGCUGUUGGCGCGCGAGGAAGAAGCUAAACGCGCGGAGGAGAAGGCUGCCAGUCCCUUACUGUACACCAGAAACAGUAUCAAUGCCGUUGACAAACUUUCCAAGACUUCGCUAAACUCCGAGCAGCGAUCGGAGGAGUUCGAUGAGGAAAGCACGCCGAUCGCUGAAGAGGCGAACGAGGCUCCAGAGACGGAAGGCGAGCCCGACAGCGAUGCGGAGCGACGGUCGCCUCUGCUAACACCACUCGCUAACGGAAUUGUGAAGGGCGCUGGGAUGACCGGCUGUGGAACUGGUGCUGAACUGCGCGGCUCACCUCUUGCGCACAUCGAUGAUACCGACACAGACGAGCCCGACCAUCCCCAUCUCUCGGGUGGGGUGGAAGGGCCGCCAAGGUCGCAGGGGGAGGAGGGUCAAGGGUCGCGGGAGGUGGAGGGCGCGCCGGCCGACGACUCGGACUAUUUCACCCCGGAGGACACCGCCACCACGAUACUGACCGUGCCCAAGACGCCAUCUGAGGUAGGGAACAACGGAGCUGGGGAGUGCACCCCUCAGCGAUGGGCGUUGCCGCACCACGUCACAUCCCUACCGGGCACGCCGCUGUCGCAGUCGAGCGUGCGCUCGUCGGGCGACUCGUACAGCUCGACAUCGUCGACGCGCCAACUUCUAGGCGCGCCGCCACCCGACGCGCCGUGCUAGCGUCGCCACGCGCCGCGCGUUUUGCUGCGCGGCGCCACGCUCAGCCACUUCGAGGGCACCUUCUAACGCGUUCCGACGUCGCGGCUCGACGUGCCACCGACACUCUUGACUUACCGGAAAGAAAUUCUUCAAAAUUGAUAAUUGGUAUGUUUUGUUACAACCACUCUAAACGAUAUCUGAGCUCUAGAAGCAAUGCAUAUUGUAACUUUUAUUUACAGUGGGAAACUUUGCCCGACUAUAGAACAAAUGUUAAACCUUAGUAAAAAGAUUAAUAUUGUUUAAGUCUAUCCCCACAUUCUACAAGAAUUGUUUUCUGUUCUAGUAAUAAUAUAUAAGCAUAACUGAUGAAUUAAAUAAUAUAAUGUAUUUAAAUAUACGAAAGUUGUGAGGUUAUCAUCGCUUACCACUAUAACUAUUAAUAAACGUGGCGUAACGUCUGAAUAGUUACGCAGUGUUUUGUCCCACUCCAACUGACACCUUUCCAAUAUCAGAACGUGACAGAUAUAUAGGUCACAGACUUACAGUAUUAAAGGCCUUACCAACAAACUUUGUAUACCUUAGGGCGUAAAGGAAAUACAAACAAACAAAUAUAUUUUCGCAUUUAAAGCUGGUGAUAAGUUAAACAAUGUUUUCUCUGUUCUUCUUCAUUAAUUAGAAAUUCAAAGAAUAAGACAAAACACUGCGUAACUUACAGGUUUCUAUCAAUCAUGUUUAUACUACCCACUCCAAAGCUACACCACGUUUAUCAAUAAAGAAGUUAAGUUUAAGUAAAUAAUGUCACUUUUUGAGUUUUACACAAAUCAUAUUCUUAAAAAAACUAACAGAAAUUAAAAUAGUGCCAUCCUUUUUCUUUUUGACAAAGAUUGCAUGUAUUAUCGGUCGAUUGGCGAAGUGGGCAACAACCCUGCUUUAUGUGUCUAAGGCCGUGGGUUUGAUUCCCACAACUGGACAAUUUUUGUGUGAUGAAC